AUGCUACACUCACCGGUGUUCCCUCUUGCUUACCCCUCCCCCGCGUCCCUCCCCCCUGCAUGUCUUUUCCUUGCACCACUCUCCCCGUCCCUAUCACCGUUUCCUCCGCCCACCCAUCUCCCCAUGCCUCUCUUCCCUCCCCCCCUUCCCCUUCCGCUUUCUCCCUCUCUCCUCUUUCUCCCUCUCUCCUCUUUCUCCCUCUCUCCUCUUUCUCCCUCUCUCCUCUUUCUCCCUCUCUCCUCUUUCUCCCUCUCUCCUCUUUCUCCCUCUCUCCUCUUUCUCCCUCUCUCCUCUUUCUCCCUCUCUCCUCUUUCUCCCUCUCUCCUCUUUCUCCCUCUCUCCUCUUUCUCCCUCUCUCCUCUUUCUCCCACCUCUUUCCGCUUUCUCCCUCUCUCCUCUUUCUCCCACCUCUUUCCGCUUUCUCCCUCUCUCCUCUUUCUCCCACCUCUUUCCGCUUUCCACCUCUCUCCUCUUUCUCCCACCUCUUUCCGCUUUCCACCUCUCUCCUCUUUCUCCCACCUCUUUCCGCUUUCCACCUCUCUCCUCUCCCACCCCCAGCUGAUGAACGCGAACGGCAUAGUGGCGCUGCCAGUGGCGGCACCGCCGGGGAAGUGGCUGGGGGCGGGCGGGGCGAACAUCGUGGACGGGGAGAAGCAGUACAUUGGAGUGGUGAGCAUGGCGGACGUGGCAAUGCAUGUGGUGAGGGAGGCAGCGAGGCCAGCAGCGCUCAAGGCGGGGGUGGUGAGCCUCAUCGGCAACUCGCCUGAGGGGCUCUCGCUCUGGGUCGCCUCCACCUCCACGCCCUUAGUGGACGCCAUGGAGCCGCUAAGCAAGGGCAUUCACCGGCUGCUCGUGCGCUGCCCCAUCGCCCCCCCUGCUGCCCCAUCUCCUGCCUAUGCUGCUCCGACUGCCAUGACCUUUGGCCACGCCACCCCUGAGGCACCUGAGACUCAGGGAUCGCCAGCAGCAGAAGGUGGAGCAGAAGCAGCAGACGCAACAGGAGGAGAAGCAGCGGCGGCAGAAGGAGAAGCAGGAACAACAGAGGAAGCAUCAGAUGCGGCUAGGCCGGCCACAGGAGCAGAAUCAGAAGCAGCAGCACCACCCCUGGCUCUCAAGCACUCCUACCACUUUGUCUCCCAGACUGACGUGGCAGCCUUCCUGCUGCUCCACGUGGACGCGCUGGGUGACGUGGCACAGCGCACUGUGGAGCAGCUAGGCCUCGCGGACCCGCUCUUCCCGCCCCUCGCUAUAGUGUCGGGCAUUACAGUCACUGCCGCGCUCAGGCUCAUGCAGCGCGCUGGUGGCGUGAGAGCGGUGGCUGUGGUGGCGGGGAGUGCGGAGGAGGAGGAGCGGAUGGAGGAGGGCGAGGGGUCUGGUGCUGCAUCUGCUGCUGGUGCUGACGUGGCAGGAGGAAGGGGAGGAGGAGGGGGUGGGGCAGGGAGGGGGAGGGAGCGGGGAGAAGCAGGGUGGGUGAGGGGUGGCCGGCUGCUGGGGACUCUGUCAGUGUCGGAUCUAAGAGGCAUGGACGCGGAGACUUUAGCUCAGCUCACAUCCAUGAAGGUGCGGGACUUCCUCGCUCACAUGGCGUCGCUCUCCCCCGAGGGUCGGCGCCCGUCCAUCACGUGCCGCAUGGCGGCGCCCCUGGCGGAGGUCAUGGCUCUCGCAGCCACCAACCGCGUGCACCGCGUGUGGGUCACGGGGGAGGACGACGAGCUGCUGGGGGUGGUGUCACUCACUGACGUUAUCUCGGCUUGCAGACGGGCAGGUGGACACUGGUAG